GUCUGCCCCCGACCCCGUCAGAGUCGGCGACCACUCGCCAGCCCGGUGCGCCGGUCCGCUCCGGCCGCGGACCUCUCAGCCCUGCUGCUGCUGCUGCAAGCCCGCUGCCGCUGCCGCUGCAAGCCGAGAUGACGGACGAAGCGCGACCGGCGGCGCUGGCGGCCGUGUUCGACGGCCCGGCGGCCGGCCUGCGGCUCCAGGCGCUACCGUUGCCGGCGCCGGCGCCGCGAGAGGUGCUGGUCCGCAUCGUGGCGGCCACGGUGUGCGGCUCGGACGUGCACACCGUCCGCGGCGUGCGCACCGAGCCCACGCCUUCCAUUCUGGGUCACGAGGGCGUCGGUCUGGUGGAGAUCAGUCGACGGCCCGGCGUGGAGCCAGGCCACCUGGUCACCUUCGCCAUCUGCGACGUCUGUGGCAGCUGCGACCGCUGCGCCACCGGCCUCAGUCAGAAGUGCAGGGCGCUCAUGAAGUACGGUCACUCUACCCUGUCUAGCGGGUGCGGCCUGAACGGCUGCUACUCGACGCACCUGCUGCUGCGAGCUGGCACGCACAUCGUGCGUUUGCCGCCGGGCCUUGCCGCCAACCCGCCGCUGGCGGCGCCUGCCAACUGCGCCCUGGCCACGGUCAUGUGCGCCGCUCGCGCCGUGCAGACCCACCUGGCGGCGGCGCCUCGAACUAGGGCGCUAGUGCAGGGCGCCGGCCUGCUCGGUCUGUUCGCGUGCGCUGUGCUGCGGGAUGAGCUGCGCUUCGAGCACGUCUUCUGCUCGGACACGGUGGCCUGA